GACAUUUUUAUUUUUGCCCCCAUUAAAAAUUCACCAGAAAAUCAGACUUUUAGAGUAUUGACAGAAGAUGUUACUCUUUGUCGCAAAUUGGUUUGGACAGUCAUUAUUUGCGGAUUCGACAAAAAAAACAGUUGGCAACAAUGAAUGUCAGAAAAGUUGUGGUUUUAUAAAUAAUGUUGUUUAUAAAAAUUAAGACAAAAUAAACUGCGUGAUGGCUGGAAGAGGCAGAGGUCGUGGUGGCAGUAGCCUGUCGUUAACACACGAACAAUUACAAGCUUUGGGCAUAGCUCGUGGUGAGAAUAAUCCAACAACAUUAGCACCACCGCCUCUUUUCCCAAAAUUUGAAGCCAAACCACUUCCAUUAACAUGUGAUGCUGCAACGGACUACAUGCUACUAGUUAAGGACCAAUUUAUAGAAUACUUACACGAAUCUCCGGCGUAUGUCAAAGCCAAAGCUCAGACAGAUGGCGUAGAGAGAUUUUCCGAUAAGUACAAAAUGCUGGCUCAAGACGCUAAACAAGGCAAAGUUUUAAAUUGUGUGUGGGCUAACAUGCCCUUAGAAUUAAGGCCACAAGCUAAACGUAUUCGUGCACCAUCAAAAAAACGAAAACUUGAAGAUCCUGAUGUAAUUGCUAAAAAGUUGCAAUCGUUGGAGAAAAAAGAAAUGCAAGACACCAACAAGAAUGACGAUGCCAAUGAAGAUGAAGCAGUAAAGAAUGAUGAUGAUGAUGAAGAAAUGAUUGAAGAUGAACAAGAAAACGAGGAGGAAAUUGAUGAUGGAACUGAUUAUGCCAACAACUAUUUUGAUAACGGUGAAGAUUAUGAAGAUGAUGAAGAUGACAAUCUAGAUGAUGGGCCAGUGUAUUGAACUGUUGUUACAUGUAUAGGGUUUUUUUUGUUUUGUACAAAUACAGGUAUUUAUGAUGUGAA